CGUCAGGUUCCCCGGCAGUAAAGAUGGCGGAAGAAGACAGUUCAUUUGAUGAUUUUGAGCAGAUAGAUUUUCUUAGAGACAGACAUGUCCGUUUUUUUCAGAGAUGCCUUCAGGUGCUACCGGAGCGAUACGCCUCAUAUGAGACUAGCAGGUUGACGAUUGUCUUCUUUGCCCUGUCCGGACUUGAUGUUCUUGAUGCCUUGGAUGUGGUUGACAAGCCCAGCUUGAUUGAGUGGAUCUACUCAUUACAAGUUUUACCAACAGAAGAUCAAUCAAAUCUUUGGCGCUGUGGCUUCCGGGGAUCAUCACACAUUGGAGUUCCGUACAACAACUCAAAGGGCCCUGGAACUCCUCAUCCAUAUGACAGUGGCCAUGUGGCCAUGACCUACACUGGCCUUGCCUGUCUCAUUAUUCUGGGAGAUGACCUGAGUCGGGUCAACAAGGAAGCCUGUCUGGCGGGUUUGAAGGCCCUACAGCUGGAGGAUGGCAGUUUCUAUGCCGUGCCAGAGGGAAGUGAGAAUGACAUGAGGUUUGUGUACUGCGCUGCAUGUAUCUGCUAUAUGCUGGACGACUGGUCGGGAAUGGACUGCACAAAAGCCAUCAAUUACAUCAGGAGAAGCUUGUCCUAUGACAACGGUAUUGGUCAAGGAGCUGGCUUGGAGUCUCACGGUGGCUCUACAUUUUGCGCCAUAGCAGCGCUGUGUCUGAUGGGUAAAUUAGAGGACAUGUUCAGCGAGCGAGAACUGAACCGAAUACGCAGGUGGUGCAUCCUCAGACAGCAGAAUGGUUUCCAUGGACGCCCCAAUAAACCUGUGGAUACGUGUUAUUCGUUCUGGGUGGGAGCGACACUGGAGCUCUUAGAUGUUUUUCAAUACACUGACUUUGAGAAGAACCGAAACUACAUCAUGUCCACUCAAGACAGUUUGGUGGGUGGAUUUGCAAAAUGGCCAGACAGCCAUCCAGACCCUCUACACACUUAUUUUGGCGUCUGCGGCCUGUCUCUGAUAGGCGAGCCCAGCGUGCUGAAGGUGCACCCCGCGCUGAACGUCAGCUACAGAGCCUUUGAGUGCAUGCAGCAGCUGCACAGGACAUGGAGGGAGAGCUGCACAUGACGACGUGACAUAUGUCCAACCACAGCAGCCUCUGAAUCACGCGCUAAGAUGCACCUCGUCCCUCUGAGCCCAGCUGCAUUAACCUUAGCAGUAGAUAGAAACCAAGCCGACCAUGGAACGUCUCCCAUAAUGGAGACAGGGAGGUGGCGAUGAAUAAAUAAUUGGGUCCAGCCUAAUCAAUUAUUGAACCUGAAACUGUCAGUCGCUGCUUAACCCAUGCAGAACGUUGUUUGGGUCCCUCGUUGAUCAACAAGAUGUCUUGUUUCUUACCACCAAUGUUUUCUUAUAAUGAGCUGUUUUGUUAGACGGUUAGAUUUUUGAAUUGUUCAUAUUGAUGUUUGUUUGCUUUCAAUAUGUUUCAGUAUGAAAAACACAUAAGAAUUAUAUAUGUUAAAUGAUCAGAAUGGUAAACUGUUCUUUUUUCUUUCAUAUAAUCUCCAAAUACGAGCCACUUGUUUUCCUUUCAAAAGCAAAGUUUAUUACGUUGUGAUUUUAAUGAACAGAGCACCCCAUCUCCUCAGUUUCUGUGCCUCAGAGAUAAACCUCACUUAAUAACACCCUUUCUUUACCCCUACCCCAUGUUGCUGCAAAUUGACGUCACUUCUCAAAAAGACACCUGAAUGUGUUUCAGUGAAAUUGGAGAAUUUAUUUUUUCUAUGCCUAUAUAUAAGAAUAUCAAUGUUAGAGAUGAAAACAAGAACUUUCUAUAAAUAUGAAAUGCCAAUACUGUAAAUUAGAGUUUCGGUGUGAGUAAUAAAUAACUGUCAUUCAUGUCAGAGGAACUUUUAUAACUGUGCCUCUAAGGCAGUUCAUAUGUAAAUGGAAAAUAAAUAAAGUAUUGAAUUUCUGUUUUA